GUUGCCGCCUCAUUCCUCGUGGCGCAACGGAAUCAGGAUGAGCUCUUCGCCGUUUAAUUCCAAGACAAUCUCGCCGUUUCUUGUUUCUUUCUGCAACUCGCGUUCGUUUGUUGUGUUUGUAUUUCGGGAAGUGGUGGUCGUGUUCAUCCUUCCCGAAAUUAUUUUUUUAUCCUCUCCUUUUUUUUUCUUUUCAUUUUGUUUAAUUUGUGAAGUAUGCAGGAUCAAGAACCCUAAGGUUCGUCAGUAUUUUGAUUCUUUUCGCGUUUAAUUUGGUUAGGAUAAUGAAAAUUUGCAAUCUUGGUGGGGUUUUGUUGGCUUUUCUACGAAACAAGACACCCAAGUUUCGAUUUUGACGAGUUUUCCCUUGAGGUAAGGACAGGAGGGAGCUUUAUGAGCUGAAACUGGUGCUCUGAUUGCGGGAAGAGCAUUGUGUUUCUCUCUGCUGCUUGGGAUUGGAAGUUUUGGCAUCAUCAUGGCGUCCUCCUUCCCGGCGAUUCCGACCGUUGCUCGUAGCGUGCUAGAAGAAAUGCUGGAUGCCCUCAAGCUGAGGGAAGAGAAACCGAAGGACGUCCCACCAGCACUUCCGGCCCGACCCACGAUGAGACGUCGCCUUCCUUCCGCGAAAAAAUCCCUGCCUAUGAAAUUUAGCAUUGGGAGGAACGAGGCAGGAUCUUCGUCGAAAGAUCCUGGUGUGAUGGAAGGGGAUGCGAGGUCGGAGUCGAGGGAAUUCAGUAUUGGCAUCAAGGCAUCCUUGGAAGAUCCGGAAGAUGAGAACGGUGACCACAGCGGCUAUGUAGAGGCGGAGGAGGCUUCAGACAAGGACCACGAUAAGUUGCAUGCUUCCAGAUCAGAAGAGCUCGAGAAGCAGGUUCUUAAGAUGAAGACAGAAAUGAGACAGAAAGAGGAGGAGAAUGUUGAACUGUUGCAACAAGUUCAGCAGAUUGAGGACAAAUGGUCACUGUGUGAGGAAAAGAUGAAGUCCAUGGAGGAAUUAUAUCAGAAACAGAUAGAGUCUUUGAAGGUGAGCCUAGCUGCAGUACAGAAGAGCCUUGCUGCUAAUGACAUGGUUAAACAACCUGGAAAAUUUGAUAUGCCUGCUGAUGCACGACCACCAACUAAGCAUCAUGGCUCUGAAACUGGACUGUCAAAGGAUGUGGAUGGCAGAAAUAAUGCUGUUGGUCAAUUAACGAAGGAGUUUGAGAAGCAGAAACAGAUAUUUGAGGACGAUGCACGUGUUCUUAGUGAGGUGAAAUCUGGGCAGUUGGGGUCUGUUAAAAAAUCGAUCGAAGAGCUUCAGAAGUUGAAGGUUCGUUAUGCAGCUUGGAAGAAGGAAUACAAGGUUCGUUUUCACGAUACAAAGGCAUCACUUCGGAAGCUGGGAAAAUCAGAUGUGAAGCCCAAGAAGGUGGGGAGGAGAGGAGCACAUUGCUUCCAGUUAAGGUGUUACACCGGUUUCAAGUGCUGCAUCUGAUGGAGUGGCAGAUGUUGCCUGUGUCGUGCCAAUUACAAGAGAAGUUGUUCAUUUUAGCGGUCGAGUUGAUCUGAUUGUUGAGCAAAGUGUAUUUUCUUACAAAUGCUAAUGUGAACAGUAGAUGGAUUCUAAGUUUUGUAUUCUUGUUCAAGAUCAAUAUUGAUGUGAAUGAGAUGAGAUAUAUGGCAGCCAUAGAGAUUGAUCGAA